CUAAAAAAUGACAAAGAGUUAUUGCUCUGCUGGGAAACUCUGUUUCAUGUCAUGAAUGAAGUUGGAAAAAGGCUCAUCACAAAAGAAGUUGCCACCGAAGAGGAUAUGGUUGAGUUUGAGAUGAAUACGUCUCUUCUUGGGGAACUAAUUCCAAAAUCAUUCCCAAAUUUUCCAAUAACACCAAAGUUGGACGUACUAGUAAUGGUAGCCCCCAGAAGUCUUCGUUUUUGGCAGGGGAGGUGGCAAUCUGAAGAGAACCUGGAGAGCAUACAUGCUCUCUCAAACAGAGCAUGUCGAAACAGUUUUUAUUGGAGGGACAAUGAAAGACGGAUGAACUUCAUUGUUCAAUAUCAAGAAUUGAACAGGAAAUCACUGAGGUUGGCAUCACAAUUCAAAGCAAGACCACGAAAAUGCCAGCAUUGUGAGACCUACCUAGUGAGGAAGAAAUGCCCUAAGUGUGGAAAAUCAUAGGGUUAGAAGCAAGACCUGUGUUACAACAAAUUCCCUCUACCAACUGACUUUAAAGGGUUCAUGUGCUGCAACUGAGUUCACUGAAAGCUUCCCUAUACCAGCUAAGUUACAUGGUUGAUUAAGGAGAAACUGAAAAUCCUACCAGCUUCCCUGAACAACAUAGAGAUUGUUUUUUUUCGUGUACAAAUUUUUUUUUGAAAUUAAAGACAAAUUGAUUUAAAUUUUCAGAAAAAAAUGUUGAAAACGUUGCCUCUACAACUACAGAUUCUGUGCUUAAACAGUUUUUCCACCAAAACAUUUUUAAAUUGUGCUAAAUAGUUAAUUAGAUUUAAAAGAAGGCUUAUUUUUGUAAAACCCAUUUGUAAU